ACAUUGCAGAAACCGUGCGCUCUGUCUGAUCAUAUUGAAGUCAGAGCGUCUUUUCGCAUAUGUCACAGCAAAUGGUUGCCGUUGCGGGGCCCAGCGGCGUGAACCCACGCCGACGAAAGCUAGUCGACCAAGAUGUUCCUCGUGAAUUGCGCACAAAAAGGGCUAAACGAGCGCGUAUUGCUCGUCGCCAGCGCCGACAGCGUAUGAUUGAAGAGGAGGAAGAGUACCAACAGCUUGUACUUUUCUGGAUAAGAGUCAUCCAGUACUUCAUGAAUAAGGCCGCAAGAGCAAAAGAAACAACAGAAUCAGCCACAGCGUCAGAGUCCGGCCCGUCACCAGGUUGCGGCCCAUCACCAGGUUGCGGCCCAUCAUCAGGUUGCGGCCCAUCAUCAGGGUGCGGCCCAUCAUCAGGGUCCGGCCCAUCAUCAGGAUCUGGCCCAUCAGUGUCUGGCCCUUUGUCAGCAUCCGGUCCUUCUUCACUGUCCGGUACUUCGUCAGUGACAUUGCAGUCAUCGGUGGCAUCACAGGCAUCACAAAAUGAUCCAGAGCAGUGUGCAUUGGCGGCAUUGGCACCAUCAGCGGCAUCGGCACCAUUGGCGGCAGCAGCAGCUGAACAGCCCAAGACAUCAGCUGAACCACCACUACCGCCAAUAUCAACACAGCCACCAGCACAACCAGCAUCUCUUCCAGAUACAGCACCAUUAGCACCACUGUCGCCAGCAUCUGCACCCUCUACUGCAGUACCAAAUGAACAGAUCAUCAUCUCCGCAGUGCCGAAAUUGCCGUUUCUAGGUGAAAAUGCAGGCAGUGCUGAUGUGGUGUUGGCGCAGGGAUCUGACGAAGAGCUGAUUGUGGAAUAUGACGAUUCCAUACCAUUGUUCGAGAGCGAUACACAUGAUAUGUACGUGAUCGUGGAUGAUUCAGAUUACACCUUCGAAUUGCCCUUUGAGUGUAUGGAGAGUGGCAGAUAUGCUGCUGAAGCAUAUAUGUGAAUUAUUCUCAUCCUCAACUGAAUAUCUUAUACCUUAUGUGUUUUACUAUUAUCAAUUAUUCAUAAAUAUAAACAUUUUAUUGCCUAUCAUAAUAUAGAAAUAGUGUCUUGUAUAACCUAUCAUGUAGUAGUGGGAAAUAAAGUACUUUCACCCCCUAUUUGUAGUCACUGUAAACGACCAACUGAGACUUGGGUUACCUUAUAUGGUGGCUGCGGACUGUGUGACGAAGGGGAUGUGCCCGAACCCCCACAACCACUCACUUGUUAGUUGUGCUCUGUGGAAUGCUGUUGUAUGCGCAAUGCGUGAUGUGUCCUCGGUUUGGCACAGCUACUCCUAGAGUUGAGACUCACGUACGAACCGGCAGCAACACGCACGCCGCGUCUGUCCAGCCACCAGGUAAGAUAACGUUAAGACUCAGCAGGUCUCCUGUCGAUUGCACCUGUCUUCUUCUGCAGGCUGUGCACCAAUGUGAUUAGAAAAAAAAUUAAACGGCAACCUGCUUUCAAUUUAUCUAUGUAGUAUAUAUGGUCAAAAGUAAACAGAUCUCAUACUAACCCUAGCAGUAUCAAGGCAUUUUCCAUUAUGCACAUUACCAAGGGGGUAUGAAGGUUACUUUAUCCCCCCCCCCCCCCAGAGGAAGUUACAAAACAGAGUUAGUUAAUUCCUAUAGACUUGUACUAACAUACUUUUUAAAGAGGUAUUGAUGUGUAAGUAGGCUGUAGAACCUGAAAAUUUCUGUUAACUCAGUCUUAGCAACAUUGAGUUUUCAGUAAAGUGUACUACCCUGCUUGGGGUACUUA